CGGCAUACUACGUAGAAAAUGGCGCCAAAGAAGAAGGAGGAACCUUCAAGUCCUGAUCCUCAUGGAAUGUUCGCCGGAAUGGCGGUCUUCUUAGUCGAAAACGGCGUACAAACUCGCCGGUUACAGAUAUGGAAGGAGAGAUUGAUGCAAAUGGGAGCCAGUAUUGAGGACCAUUUUUCCAAGAAGGUCACGCAUGUUUUCGCCAUGGAUUCAAAUUCACUCCUCAAAGAACUUGAUCGAGAGCGGCUAAUUCGGUCCAAAACGAAAGUACUCCUAUAUCAGUGGCUAGAGAACAGCUUGACCGAGGGGAAAAUGGUGCCUGAGGAUCUAUAUGUCUUAUCUCUAGAAUCUGGAGGAGGAGAUAUGCAGAAUCCUUCUGCAGAUAAUACGAGUUUCUUUGAUGAUGGUGAACAGACUCCAAAGAAGAGCAGAAUCUCUUAUGAAGGGGCAAGUAUUGCAAGCCCAGAACACAAAACGGAUACAGAAGACCAUACUGGUAUUUUGUGCGACUCAGGUCACCCAUCACACCUUUCAGGCUCGGAAAUUACCAGUAAAAUCAUCCUUGAUCCUCAUGAGAAUGCUGCUGUUACAUCAGAUUCAUCAAUGCUUUAUAAGCCUCCUGACUUGAACAGGAAUGUUACUGAGAUAUUUGGAAAGCUUGUCGACAUUUAUAGGGCCCUUGGUGACGAUUGGAGAUCAUUCAGCUAUUACAAAUCCAUCCCAGUUAUUGAGAAAUUGCCUUACAAAAUUGAGAGUCCGGACCAGCUUAAACACCUUCCCGGAAUUGGAAAGUCAAUGCAAGAGCAUAUUCUGGAGAUAGUAAACACUGGGAAGCUGUCCAAAUUGGAACAUUUUGAGAAGGAUGAAAAGGUUCGAACAAUCAGCUUAUUUGGAGAAGUAUGGGGCAUUGGUCCAGCCACUGCUCUAAAACUUUAUGAGAAAGGGCACAGAACUCUAGAUGACCUAAAAUAUGAGGAAUCAUUGACAAAUUCUCAAAAAAUAGGAUUAAAAUAUUUUCAGGACAUCAAAACGAGGAUCCCACGCCAUGAGGUCGAAGAGAUGGAGCGACUUCUGCAGAAGGCUGGAGAAGAGAUUUUGCCUGGGGUAAUUAUUCUGUGUGGUGGAUCAUAUAGACGUGGAAAGGCGUCUUGUGGGGAUAUGGAUAUUGUCAUUACUCAUCCUGAUAGAAAAAGUCAUGUAGGCUUUCUUCCAAAGUAUGUAAAGCAUCUGAAGGCAAUAAAUUUUUUGAGGGAAGAUUUGGUCUUCAGCAUUCACAGUGAAGAGGGUACGGAUUCAGGAGUGGACACAUAUUUCGGUCUUUGCACCUAUCCUGGUCGAGAGUUACGACAUCGCAUUGACUUCAAGGUAUAUCCAAGAGAUAUAUAUGCAUUUGGACUGAUAGCAUGGACAGGGAAUGACGUGUUGAACAGGAGGCUUAGAUUAUUGGCAGAAUCGAAGGGCUUUCGACUGGAUGAUACAGGAUUGUUUCCUGCUUUUCAAAGUUCUCAUGCGAAGCGGGGUAUGAAAGGGGCUAGCUUGAAGUUCGACACUGAAAAGGAAGUCUUUGAUUUCCUUGGAUUUCCCUGCCUUGAACCCCACGAGAGGAACUUGUGAAAUUUCAUUCUAUGAAAUUUCAUUAAGUAAUUUUGCAUUUUGCUAGAAAAGAUUUUUGUAUUUCAAAUGCAAAGUGAACACCUUAUAUAGACUUUAGGUUAGCACCUUUUUGAAGUGCAGGUUGACGUGUUGCUUAGAACUUAGAUUCUGUUAAAAGUAAUCAGCUUGCACACAUGUAAAGGUAAAGGACAUGUUAGGUAUAUAUA